UUAAAUAAGCCGUUAAACGGAGACUAAACUGUUCUAAACUGAUAACAGAGUCAUAGUCCUGAUACUUCUCGACGAAAUUCAGCUCAGGCUCAGCCUUAAACUACUUUACUUAUAUAUUUACGCUGUUUCCCUCUUACCUACCCGUAUUCAGGCACGGCCCGUCUGAUUGGCCGACUGCUGGAGAGUGAAGGGGCUCUUAGCCAAUCAUGGGCAGGAAUGCUCCUGAAUAGAGGUGGGAAAAUAAACAAAGUGGUCGUGAAAUAACGGACCAGGGUGACGCCUAAGAAAAGGAAAGUAAGGAAAACCGACUUCCCCCAGCUGCAGAUCAUCCAGAGCGGAUUUUUACUGAACUAGGCGACAAAAGGCGGCGAUGGGGUCAAUUCCGGUGGUCUGUCUGGUCUUUGUGUGUGGAUUGCUCGUCCCGGUUCUCGGAGAUAAACACUCUCUGUACUACAUUUACACCUCCCUCAACAAAGACGUCGCUCUACCAGGGAUCUAUGAGUUCACAGCACUAGGUCUGCUUGAUGACCGGGAGAUCGACUACUACAACAGUAAGGAACAGGUGAAGGUUCCUAAGCAGGACAGGAUGAAGGAGAAGCUGCAGCCAGAUUACUGGGACAAAGGCACCCAGUCUCGCAGGAGCAAAGAGCAGUGGUUCAAGGUCAACGUGGACAUCCUGAUGGACCGAAUGAGACACAAUGAGACCGACCUUCAAGUUCUUCAGUGGAGACAUGGCUGUGAGAUCGAGGAAGCUGAUGGAAAACCCACAUUUCUGAGAGGCAUUGAUGAGUACAGCUAUGAUGGCGAUGAGUUCCUCUCUUUUGAUGAUGAGAACAUGCGGUGGAUCGCUCCAGUUGCACAAGCUUUGCCAACCAAAAGGAAAUGGGAUGAUGUGCCCAUCCUGAACCAGUACACCAAGGGUUACCUGGAGAGAGAAUGUGUGGACUGGCUCAGCAAAUUCAUGGAGUGCGGAAAAGAAGCACUGAGAAAUCACUCCAAACCAGAGGUUCAUGCAUUUGCAAAGAAGUCUACAACUAACUCAGGCAAGCUGACCCUGACCUGCCUGGCCACAGGCUUCUACCCCAAAGACGUGAGGCUGGAUGUGAGGAAGUUCUGGACUUCACUGCCUGAACAUCUGCUAACAUCUUCAGGAGUCAGACCCAAUGAUGAUGGAACCUACCAGCUGAGGAAGAGUGUGGAGAUCCAGGAGGACAACACAGCAUAUUAUGACUGUUAUGUGACUCACAGCACCCUCGAGGAACCGAUAAUUAAACAAUGGGACAAAAUGUGCUUUGACUGCCAGAGUUCAGGUUCAGGAUUGGUUGGACCAGUGAUUGGCGUGGUGGUGCUUCUGCUGAUUUUCGGUGGGAUCAUCUUUGUCCUUAUUAAUAAGGGGAUAAUUGUCUUUCCAGGUGCUGUAAAUGCUGUGCCUGCUCUGCAAGCCCCGCCAACUGGUGUGAUUGUUCCAGAACAACUCUUGUCAGCUGGUGUGGCCAGCGAUGGUGGGUCAGGAAUACCCAGUGGUCACUCUGAUUGAGGAGCAGACAGCGCUGACUGCUGAAGCUUACACUCAAAUUAUCGGAACUCCAGAACAGAGGAAGUGAAUUAUACUGGAACUGAACUCCACAUUGUUCAGAAUUCCACACCAGACUUUCUUACAGCACAGACUCCUUUCUGUUCUUUUAUCAAGUCAGGACUUUUACAUCACUGUUGCGGUAAAGCUGCACUAUGUAAGAUUUGGGUAUUUGGGUAGAAAUAGGUUUAUAGUUAGACAGGGACCCCAAGGACCUUUGUGAUGUCCAGUUACAUGGAGCCUGAACAACAGACAGUGUUAGAACAUUGCUGAUUGGACAUCGUUGGCACUAUGAGUUACAACUAAACAUAUGAACACACAAGCAUAAGCUGAGGUCUCUGUAUGACGCAAGCCCUAAAGCCUUAUGCGUACCAUAGGACUGAACCCCAUAGGUCAUGAUGUACUCCUGAACCCUAGCAGAGUACUGAUCAGGAGUGACACUAGGAUCUAACAAGUAUAAUGAUUGAUUUUGAGAUCAUUUGAGGCCUAAACAUCAAGUCAGACCUUUUUUUUGAGCCUGUGCGUGUGACAUUAUGUUAAAAUGUUAAAAUGUAAAGAUGUACAAUGUGGCGUUUUGUUCUCACUCAAUAACGAUGCUUAUUUCAGUUUCAACAAAAACAACCUACAUAGUGCAGCUUAAACAGAAAUCAUCCAAAAUAAAAAUUCCUUUUCAGUGCUCUUAAUGAUAAACAUUCAGGUCAAGUGUCAAGGAACAGCUGAAUAUUUCAUUCUUCUAACAUAGUACAGUUGAUCGUCACUUAAGCAAAAGCUCAACAAAGAUGGAAACGCUUUGAUUUCUGAAUAGAAAAGGAUCAAUACAUUGUUGUAAUGAAGGAUGCAUUUAUUAAGGCAGAUGGUUAUGUCUGUUUUCUUCUGAUAAGUUUUUUUAGCAUAAGUUCACCAAGCCAAAGAUUUACACACAGAAAAUUAUUGCUUCCAUUCAAGCUUCAUAUGAAUCCCUUAUGACCACUCAGCAAAUCGCAUUGAUUUUAAAAGCUCAUAUCUGUAGGCUGUUAUGCAGACUUGCUUUCUGUUAUAUUUAAGCUUUUAAUUGAUUUCUAUUUAGCAUCUGUUUAAUCCUGAAUAGAUUUUAUUCAGAGUAAAGCUUCAGUGUUUACUUGUUAUAUAAAGUCACAAGUGCACUUAAGGAUAAAACUAAUUCUGAUCAUAUAUUGUGUUUAACGUAAAAGUGUAAAGGGCUUACACAUGUAACUAUACUCAAACAUUAAAUGGUCUGUGUUCAGUAUGAACAGAGAGACUGUCUCUAUAGCAACAGUCUUGUGUUUAACACCACUGUAUGGUGCAGGAAGCUCUUAGCUAGAACUCUUAAAAGAGCAGAUUAAAAUAGUAAACAGUGACUGUGAUCUGCACAGGAAGACGCUGUACUGA